AUGUUUCAUCUUGUAUCAUCAUUGUAUACCCAAUAUACCAAACGAGAACAAUACAAUAUUCUAAUCUUGGGGUUAGAUAAUGCUGGUAAAACAACAUUUUUAGAACAUCUAAAACUAUUAUAUCCUUCAUCAACAGAAACAUCCAAUAAUGGUAAUUCGAAUUCUAAAUCAAGUACAAAAGAACAGGAUGGGAAAUCAACAUCAGAUAUAUUAAAAUCAAAAAGAAUAUUACCAACAGUAGGACAAAAUACAAUUACUAUUAAAUUUCAAUCAAAAGAUUCAGAUUCACCAAUGUCAAAUCAAUUUAAAAAUAUAAAUUUAAAAUUUUGGGAUUUAGGAGGUCAAAAAUCAUUAAGAAGUAUGUGGUCAAGAUAUUUUAAACAAUGCCAUGGAAUAAUUUUCAUUAUUGAUUCAACAGAUACUGAUAGAUUUCAAGAAUGUUAUGAAACUUUGAUUGAUAUUGCAAAUGAUGAUAUUUGGAUGCAAAUAGAUGAUGAAAAUGAUUCUACUAAUACAGGAGCUAAUAAUAAUGUUGAUGGAACAGUAAAUGUACCCAUAUUAAUGUUGGCUAAUAAACAAGAUUUACCACAAGCUGUGGAUUUAGUAUCACUUAAAACAGGGGUGUUUAUAAGAUUAGUAAGUGAAUUAGAAGCUACGGAUUCAAAAUUAUUACCGGUUUCUGUAUUGGAAAAUCAGGGGUUAAAAGAAAGUUUAGAAUGGUUAGUGACGAGAUUAAUCUAUAAUAAACGAAAUAAAAAACCUGAAUAUAAAUAG